UUUCUUUCAGGGAGUGACACAGGCACAACCUAUGAAUGUUGGACACAAAGAGUAUGGACACAUCAGCGUCCUAGAAUCCUCAGCUCACAUGGUUGUUGAACUGGAGAGGGCACCAACCAAUCACUCCAACGUAACAUAACAUGGUUUUCGACAUCGAUAAGAGCUCUCGCUGCUAGAGCUCAGCAACGUUCCCAUUGGGCUACAAGGCCUAUACUUACCUCGAUUCUUUUCUUCCAUAAUCUCAUUUGCUUAUUCCUCCGAAAAGUGUCGAAGGUCGUAAGGUCUAAUUUCUUAAUCAUCUGUUACAACAACUUUGAUCCUAAUCUGAGUGGCGUGACGCCGCCUCUCGAUCAUGGUCAAUCUGAACUUGGUCGUAUACAUAAUGUCAUUGGUGCAGCGGGAUUGGCCGCAUCCGCUUUGAUGGACAGCAAGCGAAACUUUGACUUCUCGCUCAUGACCGAGCCCAAUAAGAGGAUCAGAAGCCUGCACUUGAACAACAGCUACAUAGCAGCGGCUGGGCGGCUCGUUAGACGAGCCCGAGAAUGAGUUCAUGAGUUUGAGACAAGAUAUGACUGCAGCAACGAUUUCAUCGAGUUUAAACACAUGGAGAAGCAGGUAUAGGCGUCAACAAGGAGCCGGCGUUUCUCCAGGAAAUUACAAACAUAACUGAGAGGACAACAGUAUGUUCAAGGCAUUUUCUAAAAAGUGAUUACUUUUUCCCAGAUACUCACUCAUGCAGAAGACGCUUGAAAAAGGACGCAGUCCCUUCUUGUUAUUUACCUGGUGAUAAUAGAAAGAAAGUGAAUGAAAUAAGAGAUAAAGCUAGAUGGCAAAGACGAAUGCAACGGAGCAAUAUGAAUAAAAAUGUAACUACCUCAAUCAAGAAAUCAGCAAAAGCAAGUGUCAAAACAGCAGUGGAACAAAUAAUUAGUGUAGGCGAGGAGCAACAUAACAGCAACGAGCAAGCGAAUCAGAAUCAUGAAAAUAAUGCUGAACUAAAUGGAAGCAUUGAGAAUCCAGAAGAGCAAGUUGUUUGCGAAGUGCAAGAAAGUGAAGUGCAAGAUGUCAGUGUAGAAGACAAUCAAAUUGAUGAUGCAGAACUGGAUGCAACUCAGCAAUUCUUAAAGGAUAUGUUUGUAAAACCUUCAAGUCCAGAGCCGUUAGUAAAACAUCAGGAAGUUCAAGUAAAUACACAGUGUUUAGUGCUGAGUAUAAUGAAAAGUAUACACAGUGAUCAACAACUAAGUACUAUGACUGGUCUAGAAUCUUUGAAACUUUUAGAUACUAUUGUAGAAAUAGUAAAAAAAGUAUCUGAUAAUAAUUUGAACGUUUAAAUAUCAUAAUGAAUACAAGAGAGAGAGAGAGAGAGAGAGAGAGAGAGAGAGAGUGAUUUUGACGUAUGUAAAAUUGAAGCAAAAUGUAUCUUAUAGUUUUUUGGCAGCUCUUUUUAAUUGUCACAGUGCAACUCAUUGUCAGAGAAUUUUUCAUGAAACAAUAAAAAUACUUGGCAAAUGUUUGAAAGCUGCAAUACCGUGGCCAUCAAAGGAGGAAAUUUCAAAAAAUAUACCAGCAUGUUUUCAAGGUUUUGAGAAUGUUAGAGUUGUUGUGGAUUGUACAGAGAUUCACAUACAAAGACCUGCAAAUCUUUGUUGUCAAGUAAUAACUUACUCGCAUUACAAAGGUGGUCCUACGUUAAAAAUAAUGACAGCUGCAUCACCAGCUGGUAAUAUUACAUAUGUUAGUCCAGUGUAUGGUGGAUGAGCAAGUGAUUCAACUAUCUUUCAACAAAGCCGUUUAAUGCAGUUGUUAGAAACAGGUGAUGGCGUGAUGGUGGAUCGUGGUUUUUUAAUUGAUGAAAUUUGUGCAGUCAAUCAAUGGCAAUGCAUAAGACCACCAUUCUUAAAAGAGAAAAAGCAAUUCACUAAAGAAGAAUCAUUGUUAACUGCUAAAAUAGCUACAGCUCGUGUCCACGUAGAAAGAUCAAAACAAAGGAUAAAAACUUUUAAAAUUGUUGGUACAGUAAUGCCUGCUGCGCUCCUGCCACUUGCAGAAGAUAUUUUUACUGUCAUUUGUGGUACAAUCAAUAUGAGUUCACCAAUUAUAAGUGAUGAAAAAUUCAUGAAUAGACAGUAAACAAUCAUGUAUAUAUACCUAUGUAUAUCCAUUUUGAUGAAUUUCGCAAUAAAUACACAUAAUUGAUCAUUUAAA